CGACGCCUCGGUGAUGAACCUCAUCUCGGCGCUGGAGUCGCGGGGGCCCCAGCCCGGCCCCUCGGCCUCCUCCCUCCUCUCCCAGUUCCGCACCCCCUCCUGGCAGACCGCCAUGCACACGCCGGCCCCGGCCGAGCUCUUCAUCUCGGGGGCCCUUCCCGGCUCGGGGACCUUCCCGUCGUCGUCGGCGCUCGGCCCCUACCAGCACCCGGCGUCCUUCGGGGGCCGCAGCUUCCCGGUGGGGUCCCCGCUGAGCCUCCCCGAGGCCGCCUUCAGCCCCGGCUCCAACGGGCUGCUGUCCCCGCACGACCCGCUGCUGCACAUCAAGCCGGCCCAGCCCGCCGUGCCCUCCUCGCUGGGCUUCGAGCGCCUGGGCUCGGCCGUGCUGGGCUCGGCGCUGCCCGCCCAGACCCCCCCGUACCGCCCGGCGCCCAGUUCGUCCCAGUUCAACCUGCUGUCGGCCCCGCUGCCCGCCGAGCAGCCCCCCCAGCUCUACAACGCGCCCGUUUUUGGGGGAGCGGGAGCGGCGGGCGGCGCGGCGGGGGGGGGCGGCGGCGACCGGGCCAUAUCGCGACAGGACAGCGUCAUCAAGCACUACCAGCGGCCCGGGGGGGCCCAGCCCCAGCUGCCCCCCGCGCCCCCGGCCCACAGCCUGCAGCACUACCUGAGCUGCGGGGGCUCCUACCAGCAGGUGCCCCCCCACCGCGCCCCCCUGUCCUGCAGCCCCCUGGGCGACCAGUCGCCCGCCAGCUCCGAGGGCUCCCAGCAGCCCCCCAAGUCCAAGAGCUACUCGGCGUCGCGGCAGCCGCCCCCCCGCUCCACCAACACCCCCAAGUGCCAGAGCGGCUACACCCCCGGCACCCCCAAGCCCAGCUCCGUCAUCGCCAGCCAGUCGCCCGCCUACUCGCCCGGGCAGCCCCCCCAGAGCCUGCUGGCCAUGGGGGGGGCCCCGGGCUACAGCGGCCCCCCGGGGGCCCCCCCGAGCCUGGGCGGGGGGGCGCAGCCCGCGGGGGGGUUCGCGGGCGGGCAGGGCGGGGAGCUGGGGGGCAAAGCCGCCGCUUACCAGGGCGGGGGGCAGGGGGCGGCGCAGGGGGGGCUGCAGCCCUGCGUCAGCGCGGGGGGCACCUACUCGCCCGAGCAGCUCCAGGCGCUGCCCUACGCGGUCCAGCCCGAGGGCGGCCAGGCCGGGGGCUACGGCCCGCCCGCCCCCUCGCAGGGGCUGCCCACCGCCAGCCCCUCGCUCACCUACAGCACCGGCCACUCGCCCGCCAUGCCCCCCGGGCCCCCCCUGCCCUACGCCGGCCUGGGGGGCUCCAGCCCCUCGCCCAUCAUCCGCCCGCUGCAGUCGCCGCCGGCCGCGCGGCCCCAGAGCGGCGCGUCCCCGGGGCAGUCCCAGAAGUACCUGGGCUCGGUGCUGUCCCCCUCCUUCAUGGCCCCCCAGGCCUACGGGGGGGCCCCGGGAGGGGGCCUGGAGCGGCCGCCGCCCCCUCCCCAGCCCGGGGCGCCGCCGGGCGGUUUCGGGAAGGGGGCGAAGGGGGACGCGGAGCAGCUGCUGGCGGCCGAGCGCAGCGAGGACGAGGAUUUCCUCAUCCAGCACCUCCUGCAGGCGCCCAGCCCGCCCCGCGAGGGGCUGGGGGGCUGCGAGGAGCGCGGGGGGGCCGCCAAGGCGCUGGGGGGGUACGGGGGGGCGCUGGGCAAGGAGGAGAGGUACCAGCUGCAGAGCGUCAUCCGCCCCAACUCCAACCUGGAGGCGCCGCUGGAGCUGGCGCUGCUCAAGGAGAAGAAGAAGCCCGAGCAGCAGCAGCGGGGGAAGGAGUUCCGGGGGUCCGCCGGGGGGGCGGGCGGCGGCGGCGGGGGGGGCGAGGGCCUGGCGGCCACCUCGGUGGUGCACUACGGCCACCAGCCCCCCCCGGGCGGGCUGGACUCGUACGAGCUGCAGAAGAAGCCCCCCGAGCAGCAGCACCUGCCCGGCGGGAAGGAGCUGGGGCAGCCCCCGCCGCCGCCCCCCCCGCACUCCUACCUGCCCAAGACCCCCGAGCACGGCCGGGGGGGGGGGCUGGUGGGCGAGGGGCCCCCCCUGGAGCCCCACAGCCUGCUGCUGGACCCCCCGCCCGAGCUGGGGGGGUCCCUGCUGCCCUCGGUGCUGACGCACACGCAGAGCCAGCUGCACCCCCGGCCCAAGGCGCGGCCCCCCCUGGACGUUCACCUGCUGGAGCAGCAGCGCCGGAUGCCCCCCCCGCCGCCGCCGCCGCUGCUGCUGGAGGCUCACCUGCACCAGGUGCGCUCGCAGGGGCUGGACCCCCAGGCCGGGGGGCCGCCGCCGCUGCCCCCCGACUCCAUGGAGGUGCUGCCCCCCCCGCAGGAGAUCCAGGACUUCCUGGAGCCCCCCCUGGGGCUGGAGCAGCACCUGGGGCAGGGCGGGGGCGUGCAGGGCCCCCCCGGGCACCUGCUGGACCCCGAGGGGGGGGUCCCGGCCGUGCCCCCCGAGGCCAAGGACCAGUUCUCGGAGGGGGGCAGCCCGGCGGGGGGCAAGGGGCGCUUCGUGCCCCUCACCUCCAUCUGCUUCCCGGACGCGCUGCUGCAGGACGAGGACCGGGGCUUCUUCCCCGGCAUGGAGGACAUGUUCGGGCCGCCCCCCGAGGACUUCCCCAAGCCCGCCGAGGACGAGGACGGGGGCGGGCUGGAGGGGCGGCCCGAGGGGCUGAAGCCGCCGGCCUACGACAUGGGGCAGAGCUACCCCGCGUUCUGCCCCCAGGACGGGCCCCCCGGCGAGGCCCCCCCGCCCGGGGCGCUGGGGCUGGAGCCCCCCAAGCACGAGCUGCCGUCCACGGUCAACGCGGAGCCGCUGGGGCUCAUCCAGAGCACGGGCGAGCCCCCCAAGGCCCCCCCGCCACCUCCACCGCUCAGCACCCCCCUGUUCUGCUCCUCCAAGCCCAAGAAGCUGCUCAAGACGUCGUCCUUCCACCUGCUGCGGCGGCGCGAGCCCUUCCCGCCGCCCAAGAAGACGUACGCGCAGGAGUACGAGUUCCAGGACGACGAGGACAAGGCCGACGUGCCCGCCGACAUCCGCCUCAACUCGCGCCGCCUGCCCGACCUGCUGCCCGACCUCAUCUCCAGCUGCCGCCGCGCCCCCCUGGCGCCCAUGGGCGACAUCGACUUCUGCCCCCCCGCCGCCGCCGGCCCCAAGAAGCGCGGCCGCAAACCCACCAAGCCCAAGCGGGAGGGGCCCCCCCGGCCCCGCGGCCGCCCCCGGAUCCGGCCCCUGGAGCCCCCCGGCUUCCCCGACGGCGCCAAGAGGCCGCGGGGACGGGGCAGGGGCCGCGGCAAGAGGGCGGCGGACGAGGCCGACGGCGCCGAGCCGCUCAAGCCGCUCAAGGUGAGGGGGCUUGGGGGGUAAAGGGGGGGGUUUGGGGGCUUCAAAUGGUCCCAAAAUGGCCCAAAACUGGAGAUGGAGGUGACUGGGAGGCCUUCAAGGUGGGAAUUUGGGAGGUUUGGGGGCUUCUAAUGGUCCCAAAAUGGCCCAAAACUGGAGAUGGAGGUGACUGGGAGGCCUUCAAGGUGGGAAUUUGGGAGGUUUGGGGGCUUCUAAUGGUCCCAAAAUGGCCCAAAACUGGAGAUG